GUCAUACUAAAACGGCCCAAACUCAGAAGGAGAAGAAGCCACAACAACCUCACGUCUCAUAUUCCUUGAAAGAAAAGGAAAAAAAAAACACUUCAAAUUCUCUGUCUCAAUUUAUUGUUAGUUCAUUUCUGUCUUCCAUUCCUCAGUACCGGAUGGCACAGAAAGUGGUGUUGAAGGUAAUGACCAUGACUGAUGAAAAAACAAAGCAGAAAGCCAUAGAGGCUGCUGCUGAUAUAUUCGGAGUUGAUGCGAUCGCGGCGGAUCUGAAAGAGCAGAAGCUAAUCGUGAUAGGAAAUAUGGACCCAGUUGCUGUAGUGAAAAAGUUGAAGAAGGUAGGUAAAGUGGACAUUGUAUCAGUUGGACCAGCCAAGGAAGAGAAGAAGGAAGAGAAGAAAGAAGAAAAGAAGGAAGAAAAGAAAGAGGAGAAAAAAGAGGACAAGAAAGAAGACAAGAAAUAAGCCUGUAAAUAGUACUAUUUCCCAUUUUCUUUCCAAUCCUCUAUUUUCUCUACUUUGUGAUAAAAAUCGCCAGAGCUUUGUCUUGUUAGAGACUGUUUUAUUAUUAAUAUCCUCUUGUUAUUGCCUUAUUGGUUUAUGGGUCAUUUUGUCCAUUGCCACUUUCAAAAGAGCCCAUCAUUUUCUGUAUAUCGUCAAAAAAAGAAUGAAGAAAAUACAAAUUAGUCAUUGCCUUUUA